CCAGGUCGGCUAGAGCGUCCAUUGAGUGAGGAAGGACGUUCUACCCUUCCUCAUUCGUUGCUUCCGGAAGACCCGGAAGUGGAGGUUACAUAUCCCAGAGUUCAACGCUCUUUCCUUCCUUCUGUUGUGGCUGCCAUUGAGGCUACAGUCGCGCUGCAGCCAUGGCUAUCCGCUACCCCAUGGCCGUGGGCCUCAACAAAGGCCACAAAGUUACCAAGAACGUUUCGAAGCCGCGACACUGCCGCCGCCGUGGGCGCCUGACCAAACACACCAAGUUUGUGCGAGAUAUGAUCCGGGAGGUGUGUGGGUUUGCCCCUUAUGAGAGGCGAGCCAUGGAAUUGUUAAAGGUCUCCAAGGAUAAGAGAGCCCUAAAGUUCAUCAAAAAAAGGGUGGGGACUCACAUCAGAGCCAAGAGGAAGAGAGAGGAGCUCAGCAACGUCCUGGCUGCCAUGAGGAAGGCUGCUGCCAAGAAGGACUAGACUGGACCCUGCCUGCCUUGCCCCAGUUACCCAAGAAAUAAUAAAGAUUUGACAAACAGG